CUGGGCUUGACUCGCCGCCCUGUCCCCGCAGCGGAAGCGGUGUCCGGCCGGGGCGCUUGAGUCGCAGCGCGAAGCUGAUGCAACCCGGCGCCGGCGACUGGAGAAGGGCAGCGGGGGCGCCUCGCCGGUGAGCAGCGGGUCGGGUCACGUUUGUAACGGCUUGACUGGUCAAAGGCUGACGCGAUGGGGGGUGAGCUGACCCCGAGAGAGAAAUGCCACCUGAUCACCCGGAACCUACAGGAGGUUCUCGGGGAGGAUAAGCUGAUGCCCAUCCUGAAAGAGCGAGAUCUGAAGGUGUACUGGGGGACAGCCACGACAGGCAAGCCUCACGUAGCCUACUUCGUACCAAUGUCCAAGAUUGCAGACUUCCUGAAGGCUGGAUGUGAGGUGACGAUCCUGUUCGCUGACCUCCACGCGUACCUAGACAACAUGAAGGCGCCGUGGGAGCUGCUGGAGCUGCGCACGCAAUACUACGAGACCGUGAUCAAGGCCAUGCUGGAGAGCAUCGGCGUGCCUCUCGACAAGCUGAAAUUCAUCCGGGGCACUGACUACCAGCUCAGCAAGGAAUACACGCUGGACGUCUACAGGCUCUCCUCGCUAGUCACCCAGCACGAUGCCAAGAAAGCUGGAGCGGAGGUGGUGAAGCAAGUGGAGCAUCCCUUGCUGAGCGGUCUGCUCUACCCAGGACUGCAGGCCCUGGAUGAGGAGUACUUGAAGGUUGAUGCUCAGUUUGGAGGAGUGGAUCAGAGGAAGAUUUUCACCUUUGCAGAAAAGUACCUGCCCUCCUUGGGCUAUACCAAGCGCCUCCAUUUGAUGAACCCGAUGGUUCCGGGGCUGACCGGCACCAAGAUGAGCUCUUCGGAAGAGGAAUCGAAGAUCGACCUUCUGGAUCGGAAGGAGGACGUAAAGAAGAAACUGAAGAAGGCAUUUUGUGAGCCGGGGAACGUGGAGAACAACGGCAUUCUGUCGUUCAUCAAGCACGUCCUCUUCCCACUGAAGUCAGAGUUUGUGAUAUUGAGAGACGCAAAAUGGGGAGGAAACAAAACCUACACAACUUACGAAGAGCUGGAAAAGGACUUUGCGACUGAGGUCGUGCACCCGGGGGACCUGAAGAGCUCGGUGGAAGUGGCUCUGAACAAGCUGCUCGACCCCGUCAGAGAGAAGUUCAACACCCCAGAACUUAAGAAAUUGACCAGUGCGGCGUAUCCUGACCUGUCUAAAGCCAAGGCUUCAGUGAAAAACUCCACCAAGAAUUCAAACCCUGAGGUCGUGGUCCCAUCCCAGCUGGACAUCCGUGUUGGCAAAGUGAUCAGCGUGGAAAAGCACCCUGAUGCAGACAGCCUGUACCUGGAGAAGAUUGACGUGGGUGAGCCCGAGCCCCGGACGGUGAUCAGCGGCCUGGUGCAGUUCGUGCCGAAGGAGCAGCUGCAGGACAGGAUGGUGGUGCUGCUGUGCAACCUGAAGCCCCAGAAGAUGAGGGGAGUGGAGUCCCAGGGCAUGCUGCUGUGUGCUUCCAGCUUGGGGGAGCCCCGUCAGGUGGAGCCCCUGGACCCGCCGGCAGGCUCCUGCCCAGGGGAGCGUGUCUACGUGGAAGGCUAUGAGAGCGGGCAGCCUGACGACGAGCUCAAACCCAAGAAGAGAGUCUUCGAGAAGUUGCAGGCUGACUUCCGGAUCUCGGAGGACUUUGUCGCCCAGUGGAAGCAGAAGAAUUUCAUGACCAGACUGGGGAAUGUCUCGUGUAAAACACUGAAGGGCGGGAACAUCAGUUAACAAGUGCCAGCCCGUCCACCUUGUCCUCUCCUCACCUGUUGCCAUCCACUGCUCCAUUUUGGGUUCUGUUCCCCCAACCUCCACCACGAUCGCCGCAGGGCCACGCUCACCCCACUGCAGCAUGCCUCUAAGUGAGGGAGAUUCAGCCCAAAGCACCUGGGGCUCGAGGCUGAAUGUGCGAAAUGCAGUAGAUGGUACACACCUUGCAACUGACCUUGGGCAGGUUUGGUGGAGAACCCGCCUCCAGAAGCAGCCCGUUUCCCUUCAAGCUGCCAUUGACCUGUUCCCACCCAGCUGAUCUCUGGAGGACCAUGUAGUUCCUGAGCCCCCAGCAGGAGCGAGGACUGCAACCUGUUGUCUGUUUCCUGUGAGUCCUCCUACGUGCGGCUCUCCUGAAGUGUCCGAAGCCGGGGUGAAGUUGUGAUUUGUACCAGUACAGGCUGUCACCUAUUUCCCCUGACUUUCUGUGGGUGGAUUCCAGCGGCUAUGAAGGUUGCACUCAAGCCGGCUGGAAGCUGCCGCUGUUGGAAAGCUUUGCUCAUUUUAAAUGCAAGUAUUUCAGGGAAGAAUGGUCAUUCAAACCUGUGUCGUUCGUAACAGGGACUGCAUGACAUCCUGUGUAAAGACAGUCACCCUACAUCUGCCUCAGCCCCCCCACGUGCUCUGUGAGGGGCUUGAACUGUGAAGCCGAGGGGGCUGGGCCUAGGAGGGCACGCAAGGCUCUCCAGACACUCACGGCUGCUCUGCAAGCCCAGGGACAGGCUCGUGGAGCUCAGCCCAUGGAGCUGCAGGUGUUGAAUAUGAAAUCAUCCCUCCUUGUUAAAAACCCCAAUAAAGUGUGAAACUGA